AUGAUUCGGAAGGCGGAGAAGAGGAAGAGGAAGAAGAAGGCUGGGAAGAAGGGCGCUGCGGAUGAUGUGGAUGAUGAGGAUUUUGAUGACGAUGAAGGGGGUACUGGGGGGUUUGUGAGGACGAGGGCGAUGAAGAUGCGGAUGUACGAAGAGCGGAAGCCACUAGCGAGAAUCGACGGAGCUACAGUUGAUGUCGAUGCGCUAUGGGCUCAGAUGAACGCGCCCAGUUCAGAAGGACUCGCUUCAACACCGCAAGACACAACGAAGCAAGAUGAAGCGCCACCGACGAACGACGUCGAGAUGCGCGACCAGGAGAACGCCACGCAACCAAGUGCCGCAGGACAAGAGAAACAAUCGCAAACUAAGUACCCCGACGAGAUGGUCAAAAUCAAACGCAAAUACAAGUUUGCCGGCGAAAUCAUCACCGAAGAAAAAGUCGUCCCUCGAGACUCGGCGGAAGCGAAACUAUUCUUUUCGGGCGGCCAAGACGGCGAAGUCGUAGAAGCUACAGAAGAAGACAUUGCGACGGGCGACGCUGCUGCACGUCAUACUAUCAGACUCCGCCGCCCGCUGCGCAAAGUCUCCCGAUUUGACCCUAACCCGACGGGGGCGAUCAAGAAGAGCUGGGAGAAACAGCCUGUCACCGAAGCUGGCCAGGAGAACGCCCGCGGACCGAAGAUCAAUACUGUCGAGAAGUCGCGGCUGGAUUGGGCUGCAUAUGUUGACCGUGCUGGUAUCAGCGACGAACUGAGAGUCCAUAGUAAGGCGAAGGAGGGCUUCCUCGGCCGUAUGGAUUUCUUGGAUCGCGUCGAUGCUGCGAGGGAGGAGGAAAGGAGGAAUGCAAGGUUGAAGGGGAUGUGA